AUGGCUGCCUGCACCCCGACACGCUGCGCCUCGACACCCCAACAUGGCUGCCUGCACCCCGACACGCUGCGCCUCGACACCCCAACAUGGCUGCCUGCACCCCCAAACUGCACCCCGACACCCCGGCAUGGCUGCCUGCACCCCGACACGCUGCACCUCGACACCCUGGCAUGGCUGCCUGCACCCCGACACGCUGCGCCUCGACACCCUGGCAUGGCUGCCUGCACCCCGACACGCUGCACCUCGACACCCCAACAUGGCUGCCUGCACCCCCAAACUGCACCCCGACACCCCGGCAUGGCUGCCUGCACCCCGACACGCUGCACCUCGACACCCUGGCAUGGCUGCCUGCACCCCGACACGCUGCACCUCGACGCCCCGGCAUGGCUGCCUGCACCCCCAAACUGCACCCCGACACCCCGGCAUGGCUGCCUGCACCCCGACACGCUGCACCUCGACGCCCCGGCAUGGCUGCCUGCACCCCCAAACUGCACCCCGACACCCCGGCAUGGCUGCCUGCACCCCGACACGCUGCACCUCAACGCCCCGGCAUGGCUGCCUGCACCCCCAAACUGCACCCCGACACCCCGGCAUGGCUGCAUGCACCCCGACAUGCUGCACCUCGACACCCCAACAUGGCUGCCUGCACCCCGACACGCUGCGCCUCGACACCCUGGCAUGGCUGCCUGCACCCCCAAACUGCGCCCCUACACCCCGGCAUGGCUGCCUGCACCCCGACACGCUGCGCCUCGACACCCCAACAUGGCUGCCUGCACCCCCAAACUGCACCCCGACACCCCGGCAUGGCUGCCUGCACCCCCAAACUGCGCCCUGACACCCUGGCAUGGCUGCCUGCACCCCGACACGCUGCGCCUCGACACCCCGGCAUGGCUGCCUGCACCCCCAAACUGCGCCCUGACACCCUGGCAUGGCUGCCUGCACCCCGACACGCUGCGCCUCGACACCCUGGCAUGGCUGCCUGCACCCCGACACGCUGCGCCUCGACACCCCGGCAUGGCUGCCUGCACCCCCAAACUGCACCCCGACACGGCUGCCUGCACCCCGACAUGCUGCGCCUCGACACCCCAACAUGGCUGCCUGCACCCCCAAACUGCACCCCGACACCCCGGCAUGGCUGCCUGCACCCCGACAUGCUGCACCUCGACACCCCAACAUGGCUGCCUGCACCCCGACACGCUGCGCCUCGACACCCUGGCAUGGCUGCCUGCACCCCGACACGCUGCGCCUCGACACCCCGGCAUGGCUGCCUGCACCCCCAAACUGCGCCCUGACACCCUGGCAUGGCUGCCUGCACCCCGACACGCUGCGCCUCGACACCCCGGCAUGGCUGCCUGCACCCCCAAACUGCGCCCUGACACCCUGGCAUGGCUGCCUGCACCCCGACACGCUGCGCCUCGACACCCUGGCAUGGCUGCCUGCACCCCGACACGCUGCGCCUCGACACCCCGGCAUGGCUGCCUGCACCCCCAAACUGCGCCCCGACACCCUGGCAUGGCUGCCUGCACCCCGACACGCUGCGCCUCGACACCCCAACAUGGCUGCCUGCACCCCCAAACUGCACCCCGACACCCCGGCAUGGCUGCCUGCACCCCGACACGCUGCGCCUCGACACCCCAACAUGGCUGCCUGCACCCCGACACGCUGCGCCUCGACACCCCGGCAUGGCUGCCUGCACCCCCAAACUGCGCCCCGACACCCCGGCAUGGCUGCCUGCACCCCGACACGCUGCGCCUCGACACCCUGGCAUGGCUGCCUGCACCCCCAAACUGCACCCCGACACCCCGGCAUGGCCGCCUGUGCCCCGUGUCACGGAGUCUGGGGCCGUGGCUCUGGGGCAGGCAGCCGGCGCUGGCUGAGGUGUGCGGUGCCGAGGGCUGGAUUAACAGACCCGGGAGGCUCCGAGCACCCGCGCCAGCCGGGAGCAGCCAUCGGCCCUGA